AGGUCGGGAAACUAAAGAUAUUCGAUUUUAGGCAGCUCGUGUGAGUGAAUUGGAUCGAGAAUGGCAGCUACAACUGAGUCCGCUCCUGUUGCUCCCCCGGCAGAACCAGCCGCUGCCAAGAAGACAAAGAAGCAGCAGCCGAAGAAAGUAGCGGGAGGCGCAAAAGCCAAGAAACCCUCCGGGCCCAGCGCGUCUGAGCUGAUCGUCAAAGCCGUGUCCGCCUCUAAGGAGCGCAGCGGGGUGUCCCUGGCCGCUCUCAAGAAGGCUCUGGCUGCCGGAGGCUACGAUGUGGACAAGAACAACAGCCGCCUCAAGCUGGCUCUCAAGGCCUUGGUCACUAAGGGGACUCUCACCCAAGUCAAAGGCACCGGAGCCUCCGGAUCCUUCAAGCUCAACAAGAAGCAACUGGAGACCAAGGACAAGGCGGUGGCCAAGAAGAAGCCCGCGGCGCCCAAAGCCAAGAAACCAGCAGCCGGGGCAAAGAAGGCGCCCAAGUCCCCGAAAAAGCCCAAGAAGGUCUCGGCAGCAGCAAAGAGCCCCAAGAAGGUGAAGAAACCGGCAAAGGCCGCCAAAAGCCCCAAGAAACCGAAGGCUGUUAAAGCCAAGAAGGUGGCCAAGAGUCCCGCUAAAAAGGCCACCAAGCCCAAAACUGCCAAGAGCCCAGCAAAGGCCAAAGUCGCCAAACCCAAAGCGGCUAAAGCCAAGAAGCCUGCGCCUAAGAAAUAAUGUGCCCGCAACCCCUGCUCGUCCCACCAAAGGCUCUUUUCAGAGCCACCACUUCCUCCAUUAAAACAGCUAAUACUGUAUGAAUGGCUUAAUUAUCUCACGGGAAGGGUUUCCAGUAUCAUCACCUGAAUCUCCCAUCAGAUUAUACUUUUGGACCUCCGCUCCAUUUUCCACUUAUAUUUGUAUCACACGCAACUCACUGCGCAAAUUUACAGUAUUACACUGCCACCGUGUGGCCAAUUGCACCUAUUUCACAUAAGUACUUCCAAUGCUUUCCAAAAUGCUUCGGGUUUCCUGCUGUGCUUUUUAUAAAUGAUUGUGAAAUCCAGCUGGAUGUUUCUAAGACUAAUAUAGGCCGAUUUUGUGUCAUAAAGCUGUACAUUUAACAACUCAGACCCCACUUACUGUGCUCAAUUUCUACUUUCCUUUGGGGAUUGGGUUGAAGCACCCUGGGAAUGCGAAUGAUCCCAGUCUCCCCUCCCCCCUUUUAUCUGAGCCGGAUGCCAAACUCUCACUUUCUCUCUAUUAAUAUUGGAUACAACUGUAUAUGAACGGAAGGGACUUGUACUGGAUACAUUUAUAUCCUUCUCUUGCUCUACCCACGGCUGAUUUUGGAAAGUUUUAAUGACUUCCUGGAAUAAAACUUACGUCUUUAUUUUGA